AUGUUUUCUGGUCUAAAAACUAACAACACCUUUUCAACUAACCAAGUAUUCAAUUCCUGCAUUGACCUUCCAGUAUUACAGAGCCAUAUGCACUGGAACUACAUUCCAUCCACCAAAAGCAUUCAGAUUGCUUACAGAGCAACUCAAACUUCUACAGGAUGGAUUGCAUGGGCAAUCAAUCCAACUGGAACAAGCAUGAUUGGAUCGCAGGCUGUUGUUGCUUUUCUCAAUGCUAAUGGGACUAUGACAGCUUAUACAACACCAAUAACCAGUUACAACCCUUCAAUGAAACAAGCAGCUCUUUGCUUUCGGGUUUCAAACAUCUCAGCAACAUAUGCCAAAAAUGAAAUGACUAUUUUUGGUGUUGUGGGCCCACUAAACAAUGGAACAACUGUUAAUCACGUCUGGCAAGCUGGAAGUUCAGUUAUAAACAAUAUCCCUCAGAUGCAUCCAACAUCAGGCCCCAACAUUCAAUCGGUAGGUAUUCUAGAUUUUCUUUCGCUGUCCUCAAGUUUGCCUCCUUCAAAACUUUAA